AUUAUGUAUUUUGCCACGUUCAAUAUUUUCAGUUCCUCAGUUCAGUAACUGUUUGUGUUGCAGAAGUAGUACUGUGAAUAUACAGUGGAAGUCAAAGUAGUUGGCAAAGUUCCGUGGUCGCAAUGAGCAAACAUACGUGCAGCAAGAUGAUAAUGUCCCCUAAAAUUACGAUCAGAAAAUGUGCCACUAGCUAACAUUUUGUAAGGUUGCCUUUCCUCUGCAGUGCUUUGUGUAGCCUUCGUGGGAAGGAGUCAGCCAGGAUAUGUUAGGUGUCCUGCGUUGAUUAGUGUCACACAUCCUGGAGAGCUGCCCUGAGCCUGUUAAGGAGUUGUGUGUAAUGCCGCUGCAUGAACAACACAAUCAUCAGCAUCGUCAGCACUCAACACCACAAUACCUGGCCCCAUACUCCACACACAGGUGAGGUGAUGCAGCCAUGUCUGGAGAGGCAGCAGGGAACGUGACCAUCACCAUCCGUCUCAUUCGGUCAUUUGAACACCGCAACAUUAGAAACUUGGUGCUUCAUGAUGUGUCCUUGGACCAGAAGGUGGAGGACUUCACUAAGACCAUCUGGGAAUGCAUCAAGGGUGCCACAAGCCUACCUCCUCCCUUCCGUAACUUCUCCUUUGACACGCUGAAGAUCGAGACUCACGCCCACGGUGCCAAAACGAACGAUCCUGUGAUUAAUCGAGAGGAUGACGCCAAGCUGAUACUGAAGCCACACCAGCUGCUGCGGGAGUGUGGCAUCAAACAUGAAACAGAAAUUAGUUUCUUCAACAUGAAGGACUAUUGCAAGUACAAGGAAAAGCCAGAGCUGGUGUGGUAGUGGUGUCAGUGCUCAGUGUAGAAAACUGAUAGGCAAUACUGCAGUUUGAUAUUGUCUUUAUACUGUCUCUAUUAUGGUAAAUCCUUCUUUCCUUAGGAUUUACCUUUUUGAUAUGUAAUUGAUUGGCAGUAUAGUGGUACAGUGGUUAGCCUGGUUAGCCUGUAGUAGCAUCAAGUUCAAAUUUCUAGCCAGUGGAAACUAUUUGGGUUCCCCUAACAGAGAACAGGCACAGGAAACAAACCAAGUACACUCCAUGCCAGCAUCACCAUUUAUGGGUUAACAUUUUCUCUAAACAUUGGGGAGGUCUUCAUCCUGUUGUGGAAUCAUAUAUAGCAUGAUGAUUUUGUUGAUUGUGAAGUAAUUUUUAUGUUUCAAUUUCUUUAAGAUUUUUUCUGCAUAUGCAGGUACAUUAAGAUCUUUCAUAGAUAUUUAUGACAUUGAAAAUGGAACAUGUAUUCAGAAAUAUACCCAGUGUUGAAUAUGCAAUAGCAAGAGCCUGUGUAUGUCUUGAUUGAACUGUGAUUAGUUUAUUUCACAAUUUUUGUUUAAAAUUAAAUAAGUUUUUAAUUUACUUUACAAUUUUUAAUAGUAUUUUAUUUGUACUAAUGUUUGUGUAAUACUCUAAUGUCUUUUACUUAGUGAUGUAGGUGUGAACUACUGUACUUUCAUGACUUGAUAUCCACAUUCAUGUCACCCACCUGUGGGUUCCCUCUCAUUGUGUGCCUUUACCAUAAUGAAUUUUCUUUUUUUCA